AUGAGAGAAUUGAAACUUUUUGGCAAAACUAAAUACAAAGUUUUAACUUCAUUAGAGAGCUAUAGAUCAGGAAAUUUUUCUGGUAUCGAAAACCAUAAUGAUGAUCAGGAGGUAGAGUAUCCUCUUCUACAUCUUCUAUCCCUACCUAAAGAUAUUUUAAUAACAAUUCUAGAAAAUGUUGAUAGAGCAGAAUUACUAACUUUGUGUUUAGUAAAUUCCAAAUUCUAUGAUUUGAUAAGUACUCGUUUUAUAUAUACGAAUGUGAUAUUAAAUGACAAAAUAUCACUCCUGAAAUUUAAUACACUAAUACAUUCUGAAUACCAUAUAAAAGUUGCAAAUACUAUAGAAAAUUCAAAAUCUGUUUCUCAGAAUGUGAGAUUUUUGGUAAGAUCAAUUGAAUUUGUGAGCCCACAAUGCCAAGAUUCGCUUUAUAAAUACAGUAAGUAUUAUAAAAAGGAAAAUUCAUCACUAAUAGGCGGAUCUUAUUUUUAUUUCAACCAAGAUCAACAACCAAGAGCUUAUAAGAGAUCUUCUUCAGCAAGAAGAAAUACAAAAAAAACCUCAAAUGCAGAACUUGAUGAAUAUAUUGAUAACUUGGAGAGGAAGUAUGUCCACUAUACAUAUAUCGAGUUAAUGUUGGAUAUAAUCGACUUUUUACCAAACCUGUCACAUCUUAUUUUGAGUGAUAUUGAGCAAAAUUUUAAGAUACCACUUUGGUAUUCUGUCUUCAAUGAUGGGUCAAGAGAUUUCUUUAAAAAAAUUAUAAAUGGCAUUCAAUCCAUGAAUGCAAAUGAUUUAAGAACUUACGAGUUUUCUGAAAAGUUUAUAUCGGACUAUGAUUCUAAAUUUUACUCAUUCAAAAGAAUCAAGAAAUUAGAACUCCGAGGAGCAUUAGAUAAAAGAGAAAAACCAAUAGUUUGUCUAAGACCAAAUUUGCUUUGCUGUUUCGGUAUAUUUAAUGAAUUAACAUUGGAAAAUAUAAUAAUUGAUAAGGAGUCUUUAGAUAUGCCUUUCGAAUUUGUACCAUUUCACCUCACAACACAUAUGGAUGGAAUUUAUGACUUGCAUUCUACAAUUCAUUUCUUGACAAUAAAAAAUUGUAAUAUAAUCCCAGGCAAUGGAAUUUUGAAGUUGUUUCGAGACUAUUUUAAAUGCGUAAAUAGUCUGGAACUAUUAUCAAUAACAAGUAAAUAUGAUUUGAUUUUAGGAAGUUGCUUUUCAGCUUUAAAAAAUCUAACAAUAGAUUGCAAUAGUUCAGUAUUCACAAAUGAAAUUAUUGUUGAUGAUGACUAUUUUUACAAAAAAGAUAAAAAUGAGAUUACACAGCAAAAUGAUAUGUUAAAUAAUAACAGUGUUGACAAUAAUGACAUCGAAACGUUACUUGAAGUGCAAGUUGACAGUAGUUUGCAAACACCUCCACCAACAUCAGGUGUUGUUAUUUCAUUAGAUUUAGGAUAUAUACCAAGAAACCUGUCUACUUUGGAUACCCCCCCACUGCAUAAUCUGAAACCUGCCAUGAUCACCAAAGAACAGAAUGAAUUCUUUAAGAGAUCCGGCAUACCAGAAUUUCAUUUCUUUUAUCAUUAUUUUAAAGACCUUUGGGAACGAUUACCAUAUAAAAAUAUUAACAUCAAUGUCAUCAAUAUCCCAUUUACAAAUGUUUAUCCACUUAACCCCAGUAUAUUUUGGGAACAAAUCUUAUUUAAUUCUAACAAAGACCAAGAAACAUUAAUAGCUACAAGAGCUCAAGAACAAGAUCAAUUUGGGGAACCAACAUACUCAAAUAGAUCUAAUUAUUUUUGGAUGCCAAUGGUGAGAAAUUGUGUAAAAGAGUCCUUAAAUUCUUCAAAGGUCAGUAGAGAAUUAACUGCUGAAGAAAUUGAAGAAGUUAUAGAUACAGUUGAUCCUGACAUUAUCAACAAUUUCAACAACUAUCGUUAUUGUAAAGACAUACCAAAUUUAAAUUUAUGGUAUUUUUUAAAAUCAUUGUCGAAAUUUAGGUCAGUGAGAAUUAAAAUGUUACGUAAAUGGCUAUUCUGUACGCCUAGAACAAGAUACGAUUGGGAAAUGCUACUUAAACCCGUGCUUAAGGUAAAUGUCCCCAUAGAAGUACGCGAUAAAGAUGGCUUUGUGCUAUACACAUAUGGUGAGGAUUUAUCAAAUAUUGGACGAUCCUAA